CCAAAAUCAAGGAAAUAUGAAUAUUUGUGAAUUUGAAUAUGGAGAAACGUGUACAAAUGUGGAUUCUGGAAGUUGGAGACUUAAAAAUUCAACAGAUGGAGAAAUUAACGACUUUAUUACAGAUCGCAGAUGGGAAGAACUCCCAGUUUAUAAAAGCAAGGAUUUGAACAGACAUAAAACAACCUUAGCGUUUGAAGAAGUAACUGAUACCGUCAUCACAAAAACUAACUUUGUAAUACCUUUUUCAGUACGUCUUAACAACGAAGGACAUAUUUUUCUGUGUGAAGAUUACGUUACUAAUUCGAAUUGUUACUGGAUAAUGCUAGGAGCCUGGAAGGGCCGAAAAUCUGUCAUAAGAAGAUGUGGGAAGGGAGAGAUACCCUAUAAAGACAAAAUGUACCCUACAGAACCUUGCAGUAUACCCAGAGCCAUCUUUAAUCAUGGACAUGAUAUAAUAAGCGAUAAAUUUUGGACACACUUCAAAAUAAUAAUGAAAAAUAAUACAAUUGCUGUAAGAAGAGGCAAUGAGGAUAUGCAGUUACUAGAAUUUAAAGAUGAUAAACCUUUUUCACCAAGACGAAUAUUUGUUCAUAGCAAAAGUAAUAUUGGGCUCUGGAAAUUUCACACGUAUACUUAUAUCUAUACCACUUCAGAAGAUGAAUUUGCGGACCUUAAUAUAUCAAUUAUUCCAUUUUCAAAGAGGCUUAAUUGUGUGGCGCUGUUUCUAGCUAUGUGUAGGAAAUGCCAGCUAUCAGUCUAUCUGAAAUAUGGUUAUAACAGAGAACAUCUUCAAACAUUUACUGCAACGGAUGAGAAAUGGAAACAAGUAAAACUGUUUUUCAAAUUAGACGAAAGAAAAAUAUUUCAGUUACGACUAUACUUCUAUACUCAAGAUGUUUUUACUUCUGCAAGUCACAAGUUAUUUUGGGCUAUUGACAGCUUAAGGCAAUGUGAAGAUAAUGAAUACAGGAUAUUGCCAUCUUCAAUUGAUCACGCUCCUUGUCAGUUUUUUGCAAAUAAUUAUUCCGUUUCUAUCGAUGCAACUGAAGAAAUCACUGAUCUAAAGCGAAAAUGUCCAGAGAAUACAUUUGGAGAAAACUGUGUACCGUGUACUGUAAUAGGUGGAAAUGUUUGCCCGCCACUUAAAUACUGUGAAUUAAUUGAAAAUAAAACAUCUUGUUACUGUACUCCUGGAUUCCAUGGUCCGUCUUGUGAUAAUGCUAUAGUUCCACUGCUAAAAUAUGCUCUUAAAGUUAUAAACACGAAAGAAACGUCAUGUGAGGUUUACAUAGAUAAUUAUGAGAUAAUUGGUGACAGAUUUUCUUUUAACUAUAUCCAGGUUCAGUAUAAGGAAAAUAGUAGCGAUAAAUGGAUUUCCCAUAACGAAACAUCCUUUAGUGCCAUACAGUCAUUACGUGAAAAAAUUUCUAAUUUAGAGGCGGACACCACGUAUUGUGUUCGAGCUGUACUAUACUCAAAUAAAUCCAACUUUUAUCAGGGCCAUAUAAAAGAAACAUGCUUUAAUACAACUUGCAUUCCAUAUAAACCUGAUGAUAUUAUUAUCACUACGUCCGACACCAGUGCUACUGUUGAACUGUUGAAGAAAUCAGAAAGUUGUCAAACAAGUAAAUAUAAAUAUAGUCUGGAUGCUGAUAAAGAAAGGAAAAUGGAAGACGUAAUAGUAUUAACCGAUUUACAACCGCUUCAAAUGUAUACUUUUAACUUACGACAUGUUGUACAUGGAAAUAUAUCAAUAAAGUUUCAGGUCACUACAGAAAAGCCACCUUAUAAUGUGAUAGUAACAUGGACACAUGAUAAAGACAUGAACAUUUCUUGGAACAAUCCCAAUAUCACCAAGUGGAAAAUUAAAAAAUUUAGUGUCAAUAUUGUGAGCGACCAUACCAUAAUAUUUUCAAGGAUAUCGAAAGACUUAGAAUGUACCUGCUUGAUCGAGAAAAAAUACUUCAAGCCAUGUAGAAAGUACGAUGUGAGUGUAGCUAUUUACAGUGAAAAAUAUUCAAGGACAUAUAAUAUCGAAAAAUGGAGUGCUCCACCUGUUCCUGACAUUUCUGAAGAUGCGAUCAAAAUAAGUCAUACAAAUAACAUUAUAGUAAUUUAUAUUCCAAGGCCAACAAAUUUGGAACAAAAUUUAAGGAAUUGCUCUAGAAAAUUGCAUAUUUUAAAGUCGCUGUGGCAAAAUAAUGAACAUAUCAAUAAGACCAUAAAUGAUUUCGAACACGCCUUAAAAAAUUCCCUACCACUUCCAACUUUUAAUAAUGUUAGACGAAUAUAUGAAAUAAAUGAGGAAAAUUUACCGUUUGAGUUUCCUAUAAAGGAUGAUAGUGUUACGAAAUAUCGGUUGCACCUGCUUUUUAUUAACGAAUGUUUCGGGCAGGUCCAGUUAAGAAGAAUUCAAAAAGACCUCUAUCCUGGGGAACGAGUUACCUUGGGGAAUGAAAAUUUAGAAGGUAUCGAUAUUGCCAACUACGUAUUCCUUGUAUCAAUGUUACUACUACCAUCAAUACCAUUUAUGUUCAUCUUUGCAAUGAUUUGGAAACACGAGAUUAAGGGAAAUUGUUCAAAAAAGACUAAACAACCAAAUAAGGAUAUUGAGGAAAUACCAUUGAGUGACAUCAACGAACCCCAACCCAGUACAAGUACGGCCCAACUCCGUUACUGAAGGAAACAAGGACCAACCCAAUGGUAGUUUUUUUUUCUGAAAUUUGUAAUCGCACAUAAGUAAAAGAAUUGCUCAGGCAAUCAACUGUAUUUUGUCGUUUAAAUAUAAUUAAACCAAACAUUAAUCAAUACAUAUUUUGUACAUUUGAUGUAUGUUCCUUCUUAAUUUAACAAAAUACUUUUCUUGCCUACAUUUUAUUUUUAUUCAGAUAAA